AUGCUCCUAGGGAAGGAGACGGAGGGGUCCCCCCACCGCAACCCCUCCCCGGCGGCGUGGGCGGCCGCUCGCGCUUACCUCCUCAUGCUCUCGCUCCCCGGCGCAGCGCCGUACGGCGUGCUGCAGUCCGCGGUGCUGGGCAUGGUGCUCACCAACCUCCGCUCCUGGUGCCGCAACUCCGGCGUUUACCGUCCCGGAGGGGGGGGGGCUCCGGGAGUGGAAGGGGGCGGGGGGGGGAGGAAGAAGGGCCCCCAGAAGCGCAGGCGGGGGAAAGACGCCGAGGGAGGCGAGGAUGCCGACAGCAGUGACGGAGGGGAAGAGACGGGGCCCCGCGGAGUGGGGCGGCGCGCGACCGGGGGUGGUGGGAGAGGGUCUGGCGGAGAGGUGCUUGCGUGUCUGGAGCUGCUCAAGUCAUGCCUCGCCUGCGUGUCGCUUGAGUCCCACCAGGACUUGGUGGUUAAGCUUAGCGAGGUUCUGGUCGGUGUGUCGGUCGUCGCCGCCAUCGAGGGGCCUGCCUCCCUGGCCGACCUUGCCUCAGCAAGCAUGGUCGGCCUCGUGACUGGGGCUUCGGGCCACACGGAGGUCGUCCAAGGGGUCGUGCUGCAGGCGCUGAUGCCGGUGAUCCUCAUGAAUACGGGAAAAGCAGACGUUCCCCCGAGGAGCCGUGAUUGCGUCAAGGCUCAUAACAGCGCCGUCGACACCGCCAAGGCAAUCGCCGCUGCUCUCAGAAACGCCGCCACGAAAAACGGCUACGAAACCCGGGGGGCGACGCCAAGCACCCCCGGGCAAUCCACCGACGUGCCUUCCGAAGGCGACCUAGCAUCGCAAUCGCCCUCUGCCACGACUCCGGCGGGAGGGGGGUAUGAUACCUCUUCGUCCCCUACCGGGGAUGAUUCGAGUACAUCCCCUGGUGGGGCGCCUGUUGUGGUUGUCGGGAAGAAAGGAGACGGUGAUGGGCAAACCGGCACUGGCGGAGGUGGUGGUAAACCCGUCUUGACCCUCUUGCAGCAUCUGUGCGUGUCUUCGCCCGAGCGCGCGGAGGGCAGGGCGAGGCUUGCGGAAGGGUUGGCGGGGUUGCUGCCGGAGCUGGAGGAGCACGACCGUGCUCGCUUCGUGGUUUUCCUGGCCAAGGAACUAUCGUCUCGCCUUCUCACGGAGGACUGGCCUUGGGCCACCGACGACAACAGCAGCGCUGACGGCAGCCGUGAAGGACCGGCCGUUUCGACGCUGCGCGCUAACGGGGGUGGCGACGGCCCGUCCCCGUGUUUGACGGAUGGAGGCGGUAGGACGAUGCUCGAUCUGGUGGUUGCAAGGGCGGCAGACACGGCUCCGACGGUUAGGUCGAAAGCAGCGUCGACUCUCUCAGAAGUCCUCUCGGGAAUCCAGGGGCGCCGCAGCGGGUACAAGGGGGCGGCGUUCCGACAGGCGGUGAUGGAGGCGUGCGGGUGGGGGGAAGCGGGGAUGGAACGGGGUCACGACGGGCCUCUGCUCGAGACCAUCCGUACCAGAGUCGAGGACGAGAAGGCCAACGUUCGGAGGAACGCAGUGCCGGCGCUGGAGGCUAUCCUUAAGCUCUCUCCUGCCUUUUCGAGCGGUCGGGCAUCCGCGGACGUCGGCGAGGCUGCGAUCGGGAAGGAGCACGAGGCGGACUUCGAGCUCCUGCAGGAGAGGUGCAACGACAUAUCGCUGUCCACCCGCAAGGCGGCCAUGGGGGCACUAUCUUCGCUUCUCAUGCUGAGGCCUUCCGACGAGACGCUACAGAAGGCCUGGGUGUCGUCCGUUCUUCCACUCGCCGGAGACCCCGAGCAAACCUGUCAGGGCGACUGA